CAAAGAUUAUACAAUUUUGGCCCGUUUCGUUGUUUGCAGCAGGUUACCGGUAGAAAGACAUCAGAAUUUCAUCGUUGAAGUAAUUUAGUAGCCCACGAGUGCAAUAUGCAUUCCCUACGAUUGGCACUGCCGCGAAUCGUUCGCGUAAUACCAAACUGUGACCUGGUUCGGACACCAUUGCUGGUAAAUAUAACGAAUCGUACCUGCGGGUUCCAAAAGCGACUCGUUACAGUGACACCCGUUCGAACACUGUGCUCGAAACCAACAAAUGCCACUAGUGUUCCGGAUACUGGCAAACCCGCCAAGGAGGAUAAUUUGGCGGACAGAAUAUACUACGGUAGUCUGACACCACAAAUACGCGCGGUAAAGGUGUUUUCACUGGCCACCAGCAUAGGAGGUAUCGUUGCGCAACCGAUUCUGCUCGAGCAAGCUAGCAAAGUAGGCGGCAUGCCAAUGAUAGUGGCAGUUUGUGGGUUUGCCGGAUUCUUCACCUUCGUCACACCGGUAUUGUUGCAUUUGGUCACUAAACGAUACAUUACAGACCUGCACUACGAUGCUGCCACCCAACAGUACACGGCCACAACGAUCACGUUUUUCCUUCAGCGGGAAAAGACACAAUUUAAAGUGGAAGAUGUAACCGUACCGGAAGUGGGUGGAUUGUUCACCACAUUUUUAGUAAAAAACAAAGCAUUCUUUGUCGAUCCGCAGCUAUUUCCAGACCCUACACAUUACAUCAAAAUAAUGGGAUACGACAAACCGAUCGAUUUUAAGUUUGAAGAGGCCCGAGAACCAAGUGACGGUGAGCAAAAGAUAAAGAAAGAUCGAUAAGGUUAAAUAAAACGAAAAGGAUGCUAAUUAUUAAA